UACCAUUAUACGGAGAAAGCUUUGCGUGUCGCUCGCCACCGGCCGAGUCCGCGAGACUGCCGACCGAGUCCCCGCCACCACUUCCAGAGUUCGAACAGAGUGGAGUCCCACGGUUCUCAAGUGGUGGAGGAAGCUCCGGAUGGUGAAAAAGGGUAUAAUGAAAUUUGAAUUUUAUGGGAGUACAGUAAGAAAGAAGGGAGGUGCGGUAAGAAACAGCCCGGUGAUCACUUGUCCAAAGAGGCCCAAAGCAAAACGCAUGGGUACUCUUCGUUCACACAGUGGUGGUGGAACUGAAUGGAACGAGCAUGGCAAAAAUCACAGAACAAUCUGAAAUGGCGAAGCGCGGAACCUCUGAUUCCGAAUCCGACAACGCUUCGGUUUCAGGGUCAGAGUCCGAGGAGGCGCACGCGAUGGAUAAUGGGAAGAAGUGUGUGACGGAAUACGAGAAACAGAGGCUGUCGAGAAUCGCAGAGAACAGAGCCAGGUUGGAGGCUCUGGGCUUGCCCAAAAUGGCUCUCUCCUUGAAAAGUUCUCAUCUUCGGACCGCUAAGAAGGGAAAAGAGAAUAAGGUUAAAGAAGACGAUGAUGAAGAGUAUUUACCCGAAGACGAGGGAGGACCCGGUUCAAGUUCUUCAAGUGAACAUGAUGAAGACCGUAAAGAUGAAGACUUUGCAACUAAAAAUUCUUCUGGGUCACGGAAAAGGAAGGUGAAGAACAAAGGUUUGGAAAAGAAAGCCGGAGUCUCUGGGAAGAAGGAUGUUGGUAAUUCAGAGUACAUUGAUUAUGAUGAUGAUGAUGAUGAAGCUUUGAGGCAGGCAAUUGCUCUUUCCUUGCAAAACUCUGCCGAAGGUUCAUAUUUACCUGACCAGAAUGUAUUCAAGCUUAAGAAGACUGAGAAAAAGGGAAACAAUCAAACUCAAGAAGAUAAAGGAAGAAAGAAGAACAAAAAAUCGUUUGCAAGUCGGCUGCAACUAACAGAGGAUGAGCUCAUUGUACACUUCUUCCAGCUUGAUGAAGCUGGAAAAGGAACUUUAAAUGUAAGGGAUAUACAAAAGGCAGCUACUGCGCAUGAUUUUUUAUGGACAGACAAAGAGUUAGUUGAUAUGAUCCGCUGCUUCGAUAGUGAUGGAGAUGGAAAGGUAAGGAACACAUGUUCUUUCAUUGAUUUUGUUAUGUUAUUUUGGCUGGAGAUCAAGAACAUUGAAUAAUCACAAGGCUUUAUAACUUUCAAUCUGAAUUUUGAUUGGUAAUCACUAAAUCUUGUAAAACAAAGAAUGGCUAAAAUCAC